GCGCACGCGCGCACGGAGGGGGCGACAACGGCGGUGACGCUACUGCGGCGGGCGGCGGCGCGAGCGGCGUGCGAUUCCCGGUGUCUUAGGAGCAGUUUCCCGGCCCCCGCCGCUCCCGCCGCCGCCAUGUCGGGCCGGUCAGUCCGGGCCGAGACCCGCAGCCGGGCCAAAGAUGACAUCAAGAAGGUGAUGGCUGCCAUCGAGAAAGUGCGGAAAUGGGAGAAGAAGUGGGUGACGGUGGGUGACACUUCCCUUCGGAUAUUUAAGUGGGUCCCUGUGACAGACAGCAAGGAGAAAGAAAAGUCAAAAUCGAACAGUUCAGCAGCCCGGGAACCUAAUGGCUUUCCCUCUGAUGCCUCAGCCAAUUCCUCUCUCCUUCUUGAAUUCCAGGAUGAAAACAGCAACCAGAGUUCCGUGUCGGAUGUCUACCAGCUCAAGGUGGACAGCAGUGCCAGCUCGAGCCCCAGCCCCCAGCAGAGCGAGUCCCUGAGCCCAGCGCACACCUCGGACUUCCGCACAGACGACUCCCAGCCACCCACCCUGGGCCAGGAGAUCCUCGAGGAGCCCUCCCUGCCGGCCUCAGAAGUUGCUGACGAACCUCCCACCCUCACCAAGGAAGAGCCAGUUCCGCUAGAGACACAGGUGGCCCAGGAAGAGGAGGACCCGGGUGCCCCGCCCCUGAAGCGCUUCUGUGUGGACCAGCCCGCAGUGCCGCAGACGGCCUCAGAGAGCUAGCACCCCCGGCGCCCCUCACCUCCCGGCCCCCGCCUCUAUUUAUUGCGUCCUGGUUCUGGCCAUGCUGUGUUGCUGGGGUAAGGGCAAGCACUGGGGCCCAGCGCCUGCACAUCUGAGCCUUCCGGGCUGGAAGGCUUGCCCAGGAUUCGGGCUUGUACCGUCAUCUUCCCGUCCCUGGCACCUCUGUCGGCUUGCUCCUGAGAAGGGGAGCGCUCUUGUCCUUUUUGCACCCCAAGUAGGCUGAAGCCUCGGCCGUCCCAGGGCUCACCUGUCACCUCCAGGUAGCAGUCUCUGCUCAGAACCUUGGGGCUGAGCUGCUGGCACUUCUCCGAGAGGAAGGAGAUGUGGAAGGCGCCCUCUAGCGAGGAGAGUGCCUGGGUUACUUGAACUUGUAUGGAGACUGUAGAUUUAUGACUUCUCUGUUGGGCCAGGGGCCCGGCAGGCUGUUGUCGGAGAAUAGGGAGAGGCUCUGGAGGUAGAGGAGGGUCUCCUCCAGGAAGGGAAGGGCUUUUCUCCAGGUGGGGCAGAGAGUCCAUAGAGACUUCUUGCUGUCCAGGCACUUCUGCCCAUUCCUGAGGUUGCCUCUUAGGGGCUCACUAGCUGCUGAUAGUCCUUUGUCCUCCUCCGUAACCGUCCCCUUCUCCCCACACGCGCGCACACAGCUUUCCCUUCUUCCACCUGUACGUUUCAUUCCAGCGUUCUCUGCCUCCUACCGUGGCCCCCCACACUCCUGCCACAAACUGCCCCAGCAAGAAUUUGAGGUUCUGACAACAGUACCCAUUCCUCACAGUACUCUUUCAGCUCAGACUUUCUAGAAAGUUCCCUCUUCUUUGAAAUCUGCAUGUUUAAUUGAACUUUGUGAUUUUAUUUUUUGUUUCAAAAAAGUUUAAAAAAUAUGGAAAUGGGCAACAGCGAGUGAAGACAUAUUUUAGCACUGAAUAGAAUAUUUUUAAAAUUAAACUAUUUGAAAUAUG